AUGGCUUUGUGGGCAUCCUUGGACUUGGGAGACCGGUUCAAGGAGAAUCUCACAGCCUCCAAGAGAACAGCCUUGAGUGGACACGCCAAGUGCAGCUUCAGUUUGGGUCCAGAGGCCAUCGACCAAAGCUGGAAUGUGGUCAUCGACAGGCUCUUGCACGAGGAUCCUUCUGGCGACAGUUUGGCACCCCUGCUGCAGCGCCAGUUUCAGAAGACCUUAAAGCAGGCCCCCGUGACCAAAGUGGGCAUGUUCGACAGCGGCCUCGGUGGGAUGACGGUGUACAAACGCCUGAGACAGAACUUUUCCACGGAAGUCUCCUUCGUCGCAGAUGAUGGACGUGCCCCAUACGGACCGCAACCGCCCGCAGACGUCGCAGACGCUUCUCGGGAAGUGCUUCGGUUUCUGAAGGGCGCCGGGGCUCAGAUCGCCUUGAUUGCGUGCAAUACGGCUUCCAUCGCGACCAUCGCUUACAAUGUCGCCGACGAAGAGGAGUUUGCCGAGCUGCCCAUCCUGCCGAUUGCUCCGCCGUAUGGAUCCUUCUUCGAGGCCCUAGGACACCUGGGCAGUUGUCGGAAAGUCGGCAUUUUUGCCACGGACGCAACUUGCAGCUCUCAAGCUUACCAGAAUAAGAUCCUAAGCGCGGAGGGCUUCUCCAUCGCGCCGAACCAGGUGGACACGGAGGCCUUUCCUCUGCAAGUCACCACCACGAACUGUAUCGGUUGCGCGGAAUGCGUGAAGGCUGUUCAGCGCGAGGCCCCCUUCGACAAGGAGGCCACUUGGGAGGAGGACACGGAGGCGAUGCUCCGGCGUAAGUUUGCCUCGUACUUCGUGGACGGCAUGCCCGCGAUUAAUUUCCUGAUCUUCGGCUGCACCCAUUUCCCCAUCCUGGAGCCACUGGUGCGGAAAAUCUUCGGCGACGGCGUCGCGCUGAUAGAUCCGGCUGUGUACCAGGUGAAGCUGGCAGCAGAGUUGGGGAUGUCCUCGGCAAGGAAGGGCGAGGAGUUCUCCGUCAGUGCUGCUCCACACUCAGGCAAGCUGGCCACCUUCCGCAAUGCAGCGCGUGCAAUCGAGCUGAACUAUCUGGACCUAAGGAAGCCGCAGAACUGGACCGUGGUGCAGCUGAGCAACAUGGGAGGUCGACGACUGGACAUCCUUGUGUGA